GAGGGAAGGGGAGAGAGGGGGAGCGGCGGGUGGCAGCUCCUCCUCCUGAAUUAUCCAAAAUGGGUUGGCUCUCGCCUCUGACAAAUUGGACAGAGCGCCGGAGAGCCACAGUCCCAAACCGAGAGGCAGAGCUGGGAGAGGCUUUUUUUAAGGCAGAAAGGGGGAAAAAAGAGCAAAGAGAAGCCCCUCUAGUGGUUGUCUUUUUGUCAACCGCCUUUGGGGUGUUGUGGUGCGGUUUCCGGGGCUGUAUGGCCGUCCUCUAGCAGGAUUCAUCUGCUUCUUUCCUUUGCCUUUGCCUGUUUGUCUGUCCGGGGCUGUAUGGCCGUCCUCUAGCAGGAUUCAUCUGCUCCUUUCCUUUGCCUUUGCCUGUUUGUCUGCCCCGUCUCCUUCCUUCCCUCUCUUCUCUUUCUCUCAAUCAGGAGGAAGCGGCGGCCGCGUCGACGGCCCGCGGUCCGCGCCCUGCCCCGCUGCUCUCUGUCCCCGUCCCACUCCCCCUUCACCCUUUUCCCUUCCUUCCUUCCUCCUUUUCCCCUUGCUUUCCCCUUCUUUUGGGUCCCCUGCGGGCCUCACCCCCCUUCUCCCCGCUUCGGAUGCUGUGAAGCCGGCGUCGGAGACUCUGGGGCCCGUCUAUGGAAAUAGUGGGGUGCCGAGCCGAAGGCAACGCGUGUCCGUUCCGCCCGCCCGCCAUGCUUUUCCACGGCAUCUCCGGGGGCCACAUCCAGGGCAUCAUGGAGGAGAUGGAGCGGCGCUCCAAGACCGAGUCGCGCCUGGCCAAAGCCGGGCAGGUCAACGGACGGGAAGCGAGCAUGCCCCCGCUGAGCCCCGAGAAGCCGGCCUUGUGUGCGGGUUGCGGCGGCAAGAUCUCGGAUCGCUAUUACCUGCUGGCGGUGGACAAGCAGUGGCACCUCCGCUGCCUCAAGUGCUGCGAGUGUAAGCUGGCCCUGGAGUCCGAGCUCACCUGCUUCGCCAAGGACGGCAGCAUCUACUGCAAGGAGGAUUACUACAGAAGGUUCUCCGUGCAGCGCUGUGCCCGCUGCCACCUGGGCAUCUCGGCCUCGGAGAUGGUGAUGCGGGCGCGGGACUCGGUCUACCACCUGAGCUGCUUCACCUGCACCACCUGCCACAAGACACUGACCACGGGCGACCACUUCGGCAUGAAGGACAGCGUGGUCUACUGCCGGGCCCACUUCGAGAGCCUCCUCCAGCAGCAGCAGACUGGCCCCGAGGCUGCCUUCCCAGCCCCACCCAUGAGCUACACCGAGCUGGCCGCCAAAGGCGGGCCUGGGGGGCUGGCCCUGCCCUACUUCAACGGCGCCGGCACCGUCCAGAAGGGCCGGCCCAGGAAGCGGAAGAGCCCCGCCCUCGGCGUCGACCUGGUGGCUUACAACUCAGGUUGUAAUGAGAAUGAUGCAGACCAUCUGGACAGAGACCAGCAGCCUUAUCCCCCAUCUCAGAAGACCAAGCGCAUGCGCACUUCAUUUAAACACCACCAGCUCCGUACCAUGAAGUCCUAUUUUGCUAUUAACCACAACCCAGAUGCUAAGGACCUCAAGCAGCUUGCCCAGAAGACAGGCUUAACUAAGAGAGUUCUGCAGGUUUGGUUCCAAAACGCAAGAGCCAAAUUCAGAAGGAACCUUUUGCGGCAGGAGAAUGGGGGUGUUGAUAAAGCUGAUGGCACGUCGCUUCCGGCACCGCCCUCAGCAGACAGCGGCGCUCUCACUCCACCCGGCACUGCGACCACUUUAACAGACCUGACCAAUCCCACAAUCACUGUAGUAUCAUCAGUGACCUCUAACUUGGACAGCCACGAAUCCGGGAGCCCCUCACAAACUACCUUAACAAAUCUUUUCUAACAAUUGACUUUUAUAUAAAAAAAGAGAUAUUCUUCUUCUUCUUUUCUUCUUCUUCCUCCUCCUCUUCUUUUUUUCCAUUAUAUUAUUAUUAUUAAUAUUAUUUGCAAGACUUUUUUUUUAAAAAAGAAACAAACCCACAAAAUCUUUGGGAUAAACCAGCUUGGUGUGUAGCAUCUGCAACCACUUGGCCAAUGAGUUUGCAGUAACAGAUUUCUACAAUAAAGCGACAACGGUCUUCAGAAUUUUUUUUAACAUCACUGCCUAACUAGAGGGAAAGUUCUAUUCUACAAAGUGCCUCUUAAAAUUGUAUAUUCCUUAUUUCCAGAUUUGUUUGUUGGAUGGGUGGGAUUGGUAACCAUGGAAAGGCGGAGAAUUGUGUUUUCAUAGAAAGCCACUGAUUGUUAUCCUCAAACCAUUGGCACCUUAGACUUAAGGAACGUGUUCUUUUAAGAGAACCACAUUGAGCACAUAUGAACAAACUGCUUUAAUAUGAGGGGUAUUUUUAAGUAAGGUCCAUUUGAACAUAAGUACACAACAAAAGUUUAUUUCAAAAAGUAAAUUUAUUUUCAGAAAGUACAUACUUCACUCUAUUUUUCGACAUAGUUGCCAAGUUUGUUCAAACACUUAUCAUACCUCUGAACCAAUUUUAAAAUACCCUCUUCAUAAAAACUUGCCGCCACCAAAAGCCACCAAAUUGUCUGUAAUCAAAGAA